GCUUAAGCGUUGUAUGUUGCCGAUUUAUGCAGCAGCAAAGCUUAAGCAUUACGAUGAACCGCCCCGCCAAAGCAGUGACGGUGUCAGCGUAUCGGUGGGCCGUUGUCCUUUGUUUCUUUUUGGAUGUUAAAGCUAUAAGAGAAUAUGUACCUGCCUUGAUCUUUCUCCUUUAUCUUUACUCUUCUAUAAAAAACAGUAGUUAAAGAUGGAGAAAAGAAAAUCAUCUCGAAGACAUCAAGCGAUUGAUCAUGUCGGCAUUCCUUUCCGACAUCCGGCGUCAACCGAUCGAUUUGUAACAGUGGCACCAAUUUUUAUACACUCUUCGACAGUACCAUCUACAAACGUCAACAUCAAAGGCAGCGGCAGCAACAGUAGUGGCAAAGGUUUUAUUGACUUUCUUGCACAAAGUCCAUUUGAAAUAUUUUGCCAUAUAGUGAGCUAUCUAGACACCUAUACGGCUAUCCAAUGCACUCAAGUAAGCGGUACCUGGAGAACGAAGCUAUUAAGCUAUCAUGGUCUCUGGCGGCAAAUGGAAAUCCGUUAUCCAUAUAAGAGACAAUACCGCAUACCAUCCACGUUGUUACAUCAUACUAGAAAAUUAGUCAUUCAUGAUCAAGUCACAGCAUCCACGAACUGCACAGAGUUUCUUAGAAUACAUGUUUUCAAGAAUCUAGAGUCAUUGGAACUUUGCUUCUCCGCUGGUCAUGGUGCAAACAUGAGGUCACCCGAACUGCUUUACAACACCUUGACAUACGUCGGGCAAACCUUAACCGAAUUGCGCAUCGACUGGCCACGGAUCCAGGAUACGCGUAUCUCGUUGUCGCGCAUACUAUCUGCAUGUCAAAUCCUCACGACAAUCAAAGUCAUUGCAUGGAGUAUCAAGGAUUGUGUAGUUUCACGCAAGACACUAUUAUCUCAAAUGGAGCGGCACUCGCGGCAGGCGAUCCAACCUCUUUUCCAACUAUGGCCACUUAUUUGGCGGUGUCCGCAUCUCCUGCACCUAGAAGUGAAUGGAUGCGAACUAGACGAGGAGAUUUUACCUGUACUUUCCAAUUGUUGCCCUGAGCUGAUGACGCUCAUUACCCGAAAAACGACACAAUUGCUUUAUGAAGAUGUCACUGUUUCCGCGCUACAUUCAUCAUCGGCGACAACAAGAGGGCUAGCCCAACAGCAUUACAACACCAUCAAUGCAGGUCGUCCUGGGGAACUACAAUGCUUAGUGCUUCACAGUAUCCGAUCCGUGAUACCACUACGGUCCCGGCUUGAGAAAAGCCAAAACUCACUCCGUAUCCUGAGUUUGCUACCUAGGGGCGGUUCCGAAAAGGAUUGGACUCAAUUAUCAACACUUGCAUUACCGCGUUUGACGUUUCUUCACAUCAAAGUAAGCGACAUCACAACCACCGAGUUUUUACGCGACCAUUUCCCUGCCAUGCUGCGUGGUUAUGAUAACCUUGAAACGCUUGUCCUGGAAAGUUACAGCGAUCAAUAUCAGCAACGCAUGCUAACAGAUGUGAUCUUCGGUGCGGUCGCAGAAUUACCAAACCUUGUAUGCUUGCGGUUAUCACAUAUUGAUAUAAGAGGUCGAGGAUUCAGUCAGUUGCUACACAAUCAUUCAGUGUGUCGUCGGACUUCGUCAUUACGCGAACUCGCGCUUCAUCACUGCACAGGAGUGACCACCAGUAUCUUGCACAGCGUUGCUGCCAACAACAACUUGAAGAAGCUAUCGAUAUACCAACCCGAUCAACAAGUAGCUACUUCGGAUGUCACAAGCUUGGUAUACCAUCAGAUGCAUCAGCUCGAGUCUUUGGAGUUAGGAUUGAUGCAACUUACCGAUGAAAGCGCUGCAGAUAUUGCAGGUUGCAAAAAUUUAGCAUUUUUACUACUUUACAAGAUGAAUGGAGCAGGAAAAAGACGUGUUGAUCAGUUGCUGAAACCGUUCAUUAAGCAGGUGGUCGUGCAAUGGCGAUGAUCCUGUGAAUGGCAUCCUCAUCUGUAGCAUCAAUAACCCAAAAAGUUAUCCAGCCAUCAUCAAUUUGUAAUUAUCCAUUCUUUGAUACUGUAUGUAUUUCAAAUUUUUGCAUAUACC